UACAACAAUCUGCAAAGGAGUUGCAGAAAAGCCUCAUGUUCAUCGAGCCCGGGUUUAAAAUUCUGCAGCUGAGGUCUUGAAGAUGCAGAAGGGUACAGUAUGUGGUGCAGAUCGCAGUGUGUAUAAACUAAUUUUUUUCCUUGGAUCUUUUUUUAUAUUUUUGUUUUCAAUUUCUUUUCAAUGUUUCGUAUUUGUAAACGGCUUGGCUGGAACAUUUGUCUGAAAUGUUUACAUCUUCCCUGUAUAGUCAUAUGCAUUGAAUCAAGGUACCCCUGUUCACACAAGUUAAUUGAAACAGUUUAUAUUUAUUUACCUGUUUUGUGUCCUUGUAAGCUUAAUCUAAUCAGGCUCCACAUUUACAGAGUGGACACUGAGCCUUAUCACAAGUUAAACUGAGUUGAGGCUCUAAAAUAGCCAUAUACUUAUUGAGGCUUGGGUAAGGUAAGCACAAAUGAUAAUAGAAGGUACCAUAAACAUGCAGAUGUUACUUUUACUACUUCAAUCUUGACACAUAAAUGGAUAAUUGAAGAAAGUCCAACAGACACACAGUAUUUGUUAUUGGUAACAAAUGUUAUAAAUAAUAAAAAUGUAUGUACCACUUUGACAAUCAGAAAUAAAACAUUGGUUUUCACUCAUUUAGGUGGGUACAGAAUCCUUGAAUGCAGUUAUACUGACGCAUAUCUGCCCAUUUCAUGUUGUACAAUUACAGUUGUGUAUAUUAAAGCACUGGUUACCUCGCCCCUGAUAACAAAUAUGUGAGGUCUUUCUUACUGGUUGUUUUUUGGACUUUUUCAGGGGAUGAGACGCGACAGAGGGUGAAGUUCACUGACGAGCGAGUCUGCAAAAGUCAUCUUCUGAACUGCUGUCCACAUGACAUCCUGUCUGGAACUCGUAUGGACCUGGGAGAGUGCACGAAGAUCCAUGACCUGGCACUUCGGGCAGAUUAUGAAAUUGCUUCCAAGGACAGAGAUCUGUUCUUUGAGCUUGACGCGGUGGAUCACCUGGAGUCAUUCAUUGCCGACUGUGACCGGAGGACAGAAUUGGCCAAGAAGCGCUUGGCUGAGACUCAAGAAGAGAUCAGUGCUGAGGUGGCAGCAAAGGCAGAGAAGGUUCACGAGCUGAAUGAAGAAAUAGGGAAGCUCCUGGCAAAGGCUGAGCAACUUGGAGCGGAGGGCAACGUCGACGAGGCCCAGAAGGUCCUGCAGGAAGUCGAGAAGGUCCGCACUAAGAAGAAGGAUGCAGAGGAGGAGUACAGAAACUCCAUGCCAGCCUCCAGCUUUCAGCAGCAGAAGCUGCGGGUGUGCGAGGUGUGCUCUGCCUACCUUGGUCUCCAUGACAAUGACCGUCGUUUGGCUGACCAUUUUGGUGGAAAGCUCCAUCUGGGCUUCAUCCAGAUCAGAGAGAAACUGGACCAACUAAAGAAAACUGUGGUCGAAAAGCAGGAGAAAAGGAACCAGGAGCGCCUAAAGAGACGAGAAGAGAGGGAGAAAGAGGAAAAGAUGAAGAAGAGGACCAGAUCACGGAGCAAAGAGCCUAAAAGAUCCCGUUCUCGUGACCGCAGAAGGAGGCGCUCACGCUCCACAUCACGAGACAAGCACCGUACACGCUCCGGCUCCAGGGAGAAGAGGAGAAGGCAUCGCAGCCGAUCCCGCUCUCGCAGUAGAGGACACCGUCACAUCCACGAGCAGAGCUCCAGACACAAGUCGUCCAGGGACCGAGAGCGCUCAUCCAGAGACAGGUCACGGGAGCGAGACAGGAGGGACGGUAUGAACGGCAGGUCGGACUCCCGCCGUGCAGACGACAGGGACAUGGGGGACCUCUGAGGACCAAACUCCAUCCAUCACAACACACAGCCUCCUCCUGUCUCACACACCCGUCUGUCCAUAUAGAAUAUCCCUAAUGUCCUUGCCUUGACCCAUUCGUUCUCCUGCCUGCCUCCUUUCUUUGCGUUAACAGUUUAUGCAGCUGACCCAGAGUGUAACCAUACCUGAAAUAUUGUAUGGAUAAAAUAUUCUAGCAUCCAGAUAUAUCAGAAGAUUUUCCUUUGGAUUAGGGGAGUUAGUUAUUGAUCAGUAGUGGAAUGUAUGGUAAUACCCACAUCUGUGAUUUGGUGGCUGUCUGUAUCCAACACACACACGUCUUCUUAUCAACUUCCCCGCAAUGUUUCCAACAGAUAAAGCAAAC